GGGAAAAGCCGCUGGGAUUUCUCUACCUGGCCGGCCCCUACCUGCGUCCGAGGGGACCCGACAUCCCUUCCGAAAGCUCUGCCAAGCUGCGCAGCGACGGGAGCUGACAUUUCUGAGGCAGUUCUGAUACCUAUCGGAGUUGGGCAGAGGGAAGCGCGACCGGAGGGACGCAGCCAUCAGCGACGGCGGCAGGCCCCGUCCGGGGAUCUUGGAAACACUGCGGUCCAUCAUGAAGUUCCAAUAUAAGGAGGACCAUCCCUUUGAGUAUCGGAAAAAGGAAGGAGAAAAGAUCCGGAAGAAAUAUCCGGACAGGGUCCCUGUGAUUGUGGAGAAGGCUCCUAAGGCCAGGGUGCCCGAUCUGGACAAGAGGAAGUACCUAGUGCCCUCUGACCUCACCGUUGGCCAGUUCUACUUCUUAAUCCGGAAGAGGAUCCACCUGAGGCCUGAGGACGCCUUAUUCUUCUUUGUCAACAACACUAUCCCUCCCACCAGCGCCACCAUGGGCCAGCUGUAUGAGGACAACCACGAGGAAGACUAUUUUCUGUACGUGGCCUACAGUGACGAGAGUGUCUAUGGGAAGUGAGUGGCGGAAGCCGGCAGAUGGGAGCACGCGGACUCGGGGGUAGGGGGAGGGGCGUGUGUGGGACUUGGGGCAGGAGAGGGAGGGCUCCCACGGUGGAGGAGACAGAAGGGGAAGACCUCUGGAAACACUACACCACGCACACCGUCAUCGUAUUUUCACAUGCCCAAUUGAUAUUUUUUCGCUGCUUCCUCGGCCCAGGGGGAAAGCAUGUCAGGACAGAGCUGUUGGCUUGGCUUGGAUAGAAGAACGGAGAUGAUUUAAUUUUCACA